AUGACUAGUGAGUUGAGAAGUAGUUUGCCGGGGUCAUCCUCGAGAAGCGCCGAUUACGAUGACGAUUAUUCUUUCGCGAUCGAGUACACCGGCCCUCCGGUCAGCCGCGACAUUCCGAAACUGGUCCCGAUCGACAUUCGCCAUAUUCCAACAGCAUCCAUGGCUGAUAAUUCUUUGGUCCCCAACAAUUUUCCACUGCCAGUUAUUCAACCCAUAGUAAAAAAUGACCCUUCAAGCAAGAAAACGUCGAGGGAGCUGAACUCGGGUGGUGGAAACCCAGCCUCCCGGGACUCAGGAGGGCAUUUCGGUAAAUUUGCUUGCUUGGCCAGGGUCCAUCCAGGAACAUCAAGCUCUGAGUCCCCUCAGGAACCCAUUGUGCUGCUGUCGAGUAGUUCCAACACGUGCUGUGAUGAGAGUUUGGACUAUCGAGAAUCUGGAGAUGACUCGGAGGAAGACAGCGUACUUGAGCUUGAUGAUGAUGGUGUUUACGAUCAGAAAGGGCCCGAAAUCCGCCCGGUGGCGGCUAAUGGCAGCGUAAAAAAGGGGUCGUGCCACAAAUGCGGCAAGACGAGCCGUUUAUCGGGAAAGGAAGUUUGCGUUGUGUGUGGGGCGAAGUACUGCAGGAAGUGUGUUUUGAGGGCAAUGGGGUGCAUGCCUGAGGGGAGGAAGUGUAUCACGUGCAUCGGCCACUGCAUAGACGAGUCGAGACGCAGGUCCCUCGGGAAGUGCUCGAGGAUGCUCAGGAAACUGCUGGGCGAUGACGUGGCGAGGCGGGUUAUGAGUGAUGAGGUGUCGUGCGAGGCGAACCAGCUGCCACCUCGGCUGGUGUUUGUGAAUGACAAGCCUUUGUCGGUUAAGGAGCUGGUCGGGUUGCAAAGCUGUGGUAACCCUCCCAAGAAGCUUAGGCCUGGGAGAUAUUGGUAUGAUAAAGUUUCUGGGUUUUGGGGAAAGGAAGGAGAGAAACCGAGCCAGAUUAUAAGUCCCCAGCUGGCCCUUGGUUUCCAAAUUAGACGGGAUGCGAGCAAUGGGGACACUAAUGUGAUGGUAAAUAAUCGCGAGAUAACUAAACAUGAGCUCUGGAUGUUACAGGCUGCUGGAAUAAACUGUGAGGGAAGCCCUCACUUUUGGGUAACUGCCGAUGGUUGCUGUCAGCAUGAAGGCAUGAAAAAUGUGUUGGGAAAGUUAUGGGAGAGGAAAAGAGUGAAGAUACUAUGUGCUGCUCUGUCUUUGCCAUUUCCUUCUGAUACCUCAGAUCGAGAUAAUGGAGAUGUCGAUGAAGACACAGAGAAAGUUAUUAGGAAGAUUCCGGAUAACAAAACGAUGUAUAAACUUCUCCUAGUUGGGUGCGAUCAAUCUGGGACAAGUACCAUAUUCAAACAGGCCAAAAUUGCAUAUAAUGUCCCGUUCUCAGAUGAUCAGAAGCAAAGCAUCAAAUUCCUGAUCCAAAGAAAUAUCUAUCUAUAUCUUUGUAUCCUCCUCGAGGGGCAUGCACGUUUUGAAGAAGAAUAUACGAGUGAAAUGAGAAGAAAGCGUGCUGAGGAACCUGGUCCUUCAGAUUAUGCUGAACAAGUCGAGGAAAGUAAUAUUUAUUCAUUUUCUCCACGACUAAAAGCGUUCGCAGAGUGGCUACUCCAAGUCACAAUGUCGGGCAACUUGGAGAUCAUUUUCCCAGCUGCCACACGUGAAUAUUCCCCUCUAGUCGAGGAACUAUGGAAAGACAAAGCUUUUCAAGCCACUUACAAAAGAAGGAACGAGCUCCAUACUCUACCUAGAGUUGCUAAUUAUUUUUUGGAUCGAGCUGUUGAAAUUUCGCGAGUAGACUACGAGCCUUCUCAAAUGGAUAUCCUAUAUGCUGAGGGCAUAACUUCUUCUAAUGGGGUUGCCACCAUGGAAUUUUCUUUUCCUGAGUUGCCUCAAGAUGGGUACAUGGAGCCUUCCAACAUAACUACUCAUCCAACAAGCUAUCAACUCAUCAGAGUCCACUCCAACAGCCUGGGAGAAAACUGCAAGUGGCUGCCGAUGUUCGAACAGACCGACCUCGUCAUCUAUUGCGUGUCCUUAACCGAGUACGAUGAGUACCACGAAAGCCUCCUAAGUGGGGCCCGCACGAACAAGAUGCUCACGGCCCGGAACCUCUUCCAGGCCAUGAUUACCCACCCGACCCUCGCCCACAAAGAGUUCCUCCUCGUCCUCAACAAAUUCGACCUCCUCGAAGAAAAGGUCGACAAGGCCCCGCUCUCUUUGUGCGAAUGGUUUCGGGAUUUCAAUCCAGUGAUCAGCCACCACCACGGGAGCUCGACCGGCGGCAGCAGCAGCAGCCCGUCCAUGGCUCAACGGGCUUUCCACUACGUGGCUGUGAAGUUCAAGAGGCUGUUCAAAUCGUUGACGGGCCGGAAGCUGUUCGUGUCGCGGGCCACGGGCCUGGAGUCCAGUAGCGUGGAUGAGGCCCUCAAGUACUGCAGGGAGAUCUUGAAGUGGAGUGAGGAGAAUCAUAGAGUUAGCUUUAACAACGAGUGGUCUAGUGAGAGCAUGGAGCCUACCACAUCUGUAUAG